UAAUCAAGUCAUUAGCUGUAACCUUCUGCAGGAACAUUUGGAUUCCAAAGAAGAGGAACUCGAAACCCAAAUCGUGAGCCUUAGUGUCGCAAGAUCCAUUGAAUGUAAAAACUACAUAAACUAAAACCAGUACAGUUAACAAACCUACAAAGCUGUCAAAGGCUAUAUUAGAUUUUAGAUUUUUAGAUUAGAUUACAUUACAGUGUGGAAACAGGCCCUUCGGCCCAACAAGUCCACACCGACCUGCCGAAGCACAACCCACCCAUACCCCUACAUUUACCCCUUACCUAACACUACGGGCAAUUUAGUAUAGCCAAUUCACCUGACCUGCACAUCUUUGGACUGUGGGAGGAAACCGGAGCACCCGGAGAAAACCCACGCAGACACGGGGAGAACGUGCAAACUCCACACAGUCAGUCACCUGAGGCGGGAAUUGAACCCAGGUCUCUGGCGCUGUGAGGCAGCAGUGCUAACCACUGCGCCACCGUGCCGCCCACAAACAAGAACCAAAAUCAAAUCAACAUAUAAAACGUUAAUGGUGCUGAAGAGGGAAACUCACCCCCUGCCCAAAGGGGGCACCUACACAUGCCAAAAUCCAACUUCCCAUUCUGCUGCCAAUAUAGCAGCCAGGGCAUUUAAAUACCUGAACUCGGCAUAAACUGGUCGUAAGUAGGCAUCUAGCCAUUCCUCCCUAGGAACUAUUUUCUCUCCUAGCUAGAACCGCACCACAAACACAAGCAGUAAAGAAAGAAAAUGCACCAUGGAAUAACAAUGUGAACAAAGAAAUCUUCGAAAAAAAAGAUAUAUAGAUCCAUUCAAGGUGAUACGAAACACUGUCAGAUACCUCAGAGUACUCGAUCCCAAGCUCCUUCAGUCUUUUCUUGAUGCCAUCGUAGGAUUUUCUUUUCUGGAUUACUGCUGCUGCGGAGUCCUGGAAGAACAUGAUCUUUGAGCCCUUGUAAACUUGGGCCUUUGGAUCCUUCCCCGGAUUCUGGAAACUUCCACGAUUCUCUUAUCAUCUCAAUAAUGAUGAAGCUGUACCAAGAUAGGACCAGGACACUGGUCCAGACCUGACCUCCGUGCCGUGAACCAGUAAGCCCUCUCAAUCUUCAAGCUUCCCAUUCCAGCCUCCAAGUUAAGGGAUUUCAGCGACCAGUCCUCAAUAAAUUCCACUGGUCGCUCACCUUGCUUACCCUCCAACAGAUCAACAAUCCAAAGAUUUUUUUCUUCUUGUGCCCUUGUUCUUGAGGUCAUCAACCUGGUCAGCAAAUUAUGGGCUGCAUUUCCAGGGCCAAGAUCCUAUCCUUGGAGGAAUCGGUAUCAGUUUCCACCACUGCAUUCUUCCUCAUCCAUCUUUUUCUCAAGGUCUCCCAGCUGCUUGUUCAUGCAUCUGCAGCAUGAUGGAGAUCAGGGCCAGCUUCUCCUCUAUCUGCUUACCCAACAUCUGGCAAGAUUUUGCAAGCUCCAUUACCAGGACUGGUAGGAAAUCGAGCCCGAGGAUCCUCAAGAUUGGGCCGCAGGCCUGGCCUUGGAUGUGCCUGCUCCCUCCUUCAGCGUCCCUGGAUGGUGAAAACUGAGAGAUGCAGCGGUCCAAAUUACCUGUUUACCGUCCGAGACACCCACAAAAUGCCAUGCCUCCAAUGGAGGCCCCGACUGCCAAGAUGCUCAGAACAGAUAAAGUCUCACGGCCAUCUUUGAGAAAGCUCCCUGUACUCCCAGAAUUUGAGAAAGAUUUACCUCGGACAUUUAAUUUUUCAGAGAAAAAGUCUAGUGCUGUCCUGUUUGAGGCAACAGCACAGCCAAGUAAACAGACGUUAAAUAAAAGAAAGAAAAUACCCCCUCUAUCAAGGAUGACUCGUGCUGAUAUGGAAAAGUACAUGGCACUGAGAGUGGUUGAAACAGAGCUUAGAGACCAAAAUCAACUCUUGGAAGUUGCCCAGCAGCAGUUAAAGCAGGAACUGAAGAUGGCAAAGGGCCAAACGGAGGAGUUAACGGCAAGGACGAAGAGCUUGCAAUCUGAGAAGGAAACACUAAUCAGGAGGCUUCAGAACUGCACAACUGUACUGGAAAAUAACCUGAUUGAUCCUGUUUCAGCCAAUAGAAUAAUUGAAGAACAUGAUCAAAAGAAUGCAUGCCGAAGGGAUGUAAUGGUACAUGUGGAGAAUCUCCUGGCAGAACUACAAACGCUGGAAAAAUUCACAGAAGAAAAGAGGGGGAGGUUCCAGGUGACGAGGCUGAAGUUGGAGAACGCAAAGGAGGAGAGUGCUAGAAUCAUACAAGAGACCGAUUUGAUCCAGAAGGACCUGGAGGAGUGGAGAAUAUCUUUAAACCAAUCAAAACAACUUUUACAUCCGGACUUUGAAUGUGCUGAUCCUUGCGAUUAUAAUGAAUCGCUUUAAGGUGUAUAUUGAUUGUGUAAGUUUAAUAAAGUUGCACAGAGGGAAUAAUGGAAUCAGCCUGUUAGGAUCUUGAACCAUUGAUAUACUGAUAUCACACAAUAGACAAAUCACUGAAAUCUAUCCCCAAGGUAAACUAACAUGGGUGUUACGUUAUUCUGUUUUAUGUGCUAUUGCCUUCCUUACAGUAUUUUUCUUUAUAGAAAUGCUUUUGGUCAAACCUUCAGCUAAUUAUCUGAACUGUCUUGAGCUACUGUGUCACAAAACUUGACAGAUGCUGUAGAUAGUAUUUAACCUGCAAAUAUGGAUUUCAGUCCAAGAUAAAAUUUGUGGGCUUUUAUGAAAGGAAGUUAGUAAGUUUAAGGUUAAGGCACAUUAUUCUGUAUUCAGCAUUGAAACAGACAAUUGGGCCUAAUAAGUCCAAACUGACAAUUUGUCUGAUAUGAUGGAGAAACCAAUUGUCUUAAAUAUUAUCAACAGCCCAUAUUACUCUCUUGCCUCAAACUUUCAAUCACUAUUGGACUUGUUCUCGGCUUAUCUUUUAAAUGGUGCAGUAUAGGCUAGUAUAAUGUUUAUGGACUUGGGUUACUAAUUAGCUCCAAGCCAUACUUUUCAGGUUGCUUUGUUUAUUGCCUGCCCUUACCUGAAGUAUAUUUUUGCUUUGAUUCAAUAAAUUUAACUUGCUAGGCCAUUUCAGAAGGCAGUUGAGAGUCAAUCACAUCUAGUCUUCAGGAGUUUCCAGACCAAGUUAAGGAUUGCUGAUUUCAUUCCCUAAAGAACAGUUGGUAUCCUUCAGGUGAACAAUACACAGCCUAAUUAUAUAUGAACCUUUUAUUACAAAAAAUGUCAAUGGAUAUGACUAAAACAUAAAUAUAUUUAAAUUAUUCAUGUGAAACCAUUUUUAGAUUUUGUAUGUGGGAUUACCAAAUAAAGUGUAUUACUGCACAUCCAAUAA